UUUUAAGGCUCACUAUAAUCUCAACAACCAAUUUGUUUACUAUUGUUCUCAUUUUUUUAUUAAUGAUUUCUACAGAUUUAUCAAUACGACAAUUCAAUUAUUUUUUGUCUAUACCUGUCUCGUCAGCAAAUAUCUCAGUAAUUUAUUUGUACAUUGUACAAUAAACCUGAUGGAGUAUCUUUAUUGAACUGUCUUCCUAAUAUUGCAAACAAAAAGUUAAAUUUGCAGUCUAAAUUAAAAUAUUGAUUUGUUAUUCGACAUCUUCAAUUCAUCUUUGGAUCUAAAGUAUAGCUGCCUUAAGUUAUGGCCGAUAUCAGUGGUAAUACUACAGACAUGAAAGUCUUUUUGGUAACUGGAGGAACCGGAUUAGUUGGAAAAGCAGUGGAAGAGAUUGUCAAGCAAAAUGACGGAAAAGAUUACCCUGGAAUAAAAUUCGUGUUUCUUGGAUCUAAAGACGGUGAUCUAAGUGUUUAUAAAGAGGCCAAGAAGAUAUUCCAUCAACAUAAACCAAAUUAUGUUCUGCAUUUAGCUGCUAUGGUUGGUGGCUUGUUUAAAAACGAAGCCAAUAAUUUAUCUUUUUUCAGAAUCAAUAAUUUGAUCAAUGACAACGUACUUCGACUGUGUGAUGAAUUGAGGGUAGAAAAAUGUGUUUCGUGCUUAUCAACUUGCAUCUUUCCAGAUAAAACUGUUUACCCUAUUGAUGAGACUAUGAUUCAUCUUGGUCCUCCGCAUGAUUCAAAUUUUGGUUACUCUUAUGCAAAACGAAUGAUUGAUGUUUUGAAUCGUGGAUAUGCUCAAAAAUGGCAGCAAGAAGCAAAACAAUCCGGCUGUAAUAUUCCUGUUUUUACUUCAGUUAUACCCACCAAUGUUUAUGGGCCUUAUGAUAACUUUAAUUUGGAAGAUUCUCACGUAAUUCCUGGUCUCAUUCAUAAAGCUUAUUUACAAGUUCAAGAUGCUAUUCAAAAAGGUACAAAAGAGACUCAAUUAACUGUAUGCGGCUCUGGAAGACCUAUGAGACAAUUUAUUUAUUCCCUUGAUUUGGCUCGUUUAAUGCUUUGGGUUUCUUUUAACUAUCAACAAACGGAACCCAUCAUAUUGAGUGUUGAUGAAGAAGACGAGAUAACUAUCAAUGAUGCAGCUCAGCUAAUUGCAGAAUCGUUUAAUAAGGUAGCUCCUGAUAUAAAGAUUAACUUAAUCAAUGACUGCAGUUUUAGUGAUGGUCAGUUGAAAAAAACAGCCUCUAACCUCAAACUGAGGAAACACUUACCUGAUUUCGUGUUCACUCCAAUCGAAGAAGGUAUUCGAACAUCCGUCAAAUGGUUUUGGAACAACUAUGACCUCGCUCGUAAAUAAGCUGAUAAGAUAGCGAUAUGAUGUAUGCCAAAAUUCAUUUUUAGUUUCCCUAUUUUUCACAAUAUUAACUUGGAAUUAUUAAAUUUUUGAUUAUUUAGAAAUAUUUA